CGUGAACGCAGCUCAUCCCUUGACUGGUAACCAGCAUGGAAAGAAAAGUUCUCGCUAUGCAAGCAAGGAAGAAGAGGACAAAGCCCAGGAAACCCGGCAAAAAACCAGAGCCUCAUGGUCGUGGAGGCGGCUCUCAGCCGGGUCAGGCAGACUCUCCCCUCCCAGAGCAGGACGAAGAGAUCCUUGGCUCUGAUGACGACGAGCAGGAGGACCCCAAUGACUACUGCAGGGGUGGAUAUCACCAUGUGAAAAUUGGAGAUCUGUUCAAUGGUAGAUACCAUGUGAUCCGUAAGCUGGGCUGGGGCCACUUCUCCACUGUCUGGCUGGCCUGGGACAUCCAGGAGAAGCGCUUUGUAGCCAUGAAGGUUGUAAAAAGUGCUGAACAUUACACGGAGACGGCGCUGGAUGAGAUCAAGCUGCUGAAAUCUGUGAGAAACACUGAUCCCAGUGACCCCAGCAGAGAGAAAGUGGUUCAGCUUCUAGACGACUUCAAAAUUUCUGGCAUGAAUGGAACUCAUGUGUGCAUGGUAUUUGAGGUGUUGGGAUAUCACCUGCUGAAGUGGAUCAUCAAAUCAAACUAUCAAGGCCUGCCCCUGCCCUGUGUUAAAAGCAUCAUACGACAGGUCCUUCAGGGUUUAGACUACCUCCACACCAGGUGUAAGAUCAUCCACACUGACAUCAAACCAGAGAACAUUCUGCUGACUGUCAACGAGCCCUAUGUCAAGAAAAUGGCUGCUGAAGCUACGCAGUGGCAGAAGAGCGGCGCUGCACCUCCCUCGGGUUCUGCAGUGAGUACAGCCCCACCACCCAAACCAAUGGCUAAAAUGUCAAAGAACAAAAAGAAGAAGAUGAAGAAGAAGCAAAAGAAGCAGGCAGAGCUGCUGGAGAAGAGGAUCCAGGAGAUGGAGGGAGGAGCAACACCUGAAGGAGGCGAAGACGAAGAUGACGAAGAGACGACGACGACAGAAACCACUGAGGACACGACUUCCUCAGCCACCCUGUCCAUGUCUGCCACACUGCAAGACAUUGCUAUCCACACUAUCACAGACACGACUCCAGAUGAGCAGCCUCAGCAGAUGCCAGAAGGAAAUGAACGGAAACAGGGUGUCACCGAGGAGGAGAACAGAAUGGAAGUGAAUUACAACGGCCACGCCUCCACACCAGAGAGCGAGGCCAGCAAGGAGAACAAGGUACAUGGGACCAAGCCGUCAAAAGAGGAGCAGGAGGACCAACAGAAUGCAAACCAACCAGAAAACCACACAGAGACCCACGACACAUUAAGUAACAAAGAAGAGCAUCAGACCUGUAACGGUUCGACUGGGGACCCGGACACCGAACUGCAGCAGCUCCCUGCCUCCCUUAGCCCAGACUCUGUCACUGUAGAGCUAAAGGAGGGUGAUAGGGAGGAGAAAAAGGAGGAGGAGAUGGACACUCAAGGGGAGACCAAAAAAGGGGAUGAAGAUGACGACAGCCAGAAUGGAGCAUCAGGCAAUAUGUUAGUAAACCCUCUGGAGCCUCUGAAUGCUGAAAAGCUGCAGGUUAAGAUCGCAGACCUCGGCAACGCCUGCUGGGUGCAUAAACAUUUCACAGACGACAUUCAAACAAGGCAGUAUCGUUCUCUUGAGGUGCUGAUAGGAUCUGGCUACAGCACCCCAGCAGACAUCUGGAGCACAGCCUGCAUGGCCUUCGAACUUGCUACUGGAGAUUAUCUGUUUGAACCCCACUCUGGAGAAGACUACUCCAGAGAUGAAGAUCACAUAGCCCUGAUCAUCGAGCUGCUGGGUAAAGUUCCUCGAAAGCUGAUCUUGGCAGGCAAAUACUCCAAGGAGUUUUUCACCAAGAAAGGUGACCUGCGUCACAUCACCAAACUGAAGCCGUGGGGUCUGUUCGACGUCUUGGUAGAAAAGUACGAGUGGUCCAAAGAGGAGGCCCAAUGCUUCAGCAGCUUCCUCCUGCCAAUGCUGGACCUGGUGCCUGAAAGGAGGGCCACAGCUGCCCAGUGCCUCUCCCAUCCAUGGCUCACAUCCUAGAGGCCACUCAUGCACACACCCCCCCCCCUCAUAUUGUGAAAGGGAUGCAUUAGGUUUGAAGAUCCUGGGAUUGAAAACGUACAAUAAACAAACACAUUCAUGUCUGCAAGAGCCUGUGACUGCAUCGUGCCUGCAUCCUCCUGUCCUGGCUCUCUGAGGCUGCCUACACACACUCGCAAACAUCCACACAAUGGAAAGAGAGACUGCUGCUGUGUCUUUGUUAUGGAUUACACUGGUUAUAGAAGGAACUCAAGGUCUUCUCCCUAAAUUUCUGGCUCUCUUUUAACUUGCUGCAUAGGACUUACCGAUUUUGCUUUCUCUUUUCUUCUGACUCCUGCUCUUUCUCUGCAGCACAUUAUUCUCUGUACUUUUAGCUAUAGAUAAAGGACUCUGUUGGAUUUAAAAGGAAAUUGUACUUGUCUACAAAAGCAGAAGGCAGGUUGUUAACAGAAACAAAGAUUGCCAUUUAAACCACAUUUCGAUCAUUGAUUAGCCAAACCCAUUUGUUUGCCAGUAAUCAUGUUAGCCGUGCCAACUUUUAUGCCUUUAGCUGUCAACUAUGUGCAAAGUGCUCAGAAUUAAUAACUGCAUAAUGCUAACAGGCAUGAAGAGUGACUAGUAAACUUCUUAGCACUGUUAAGUUCGCUUUAUCCGUAAAACAAACUUUGUACAUUUGUAUACAGACAGCACUUCAGGAUUACAUCUCAGCAUUGUGCAUCAAGUCUGGGGGAAACUCAUCCAAAAUCAAUCUCAGAUUUGUCUUGUUAUAGGUAUUACUUUUGAGUUUCAGCAUUGUUUCAUAUUGUUUUGAAAAAAAAAACCUGGUAGAAUAUAAUGUGAACAAAAUUUUAGAUUCUUUUACUUCAUGCACAAGUUGGCAAACGACAACUUACCAAAUGCUGUUUCGUACCUAGCUCACUUUCUACCUGCUAACUGCUUCAUAUACCAUUGUCCAUAUUAACAGUCAGACUAUAUGUGAAUCCACACCCUGUGUGUACAGCACAGGGUACCAAAGAGUCGGCCUUUAAUCCUUCCCUCUCUGCAGCAUUAGCUUUCCACCGUUUCAGGAAGAGACUGUCAGCAGUGAACACUGAAGGCAGAAGCUAUAAGGUUUGAGCGUUUUUUUUUUUUUACACUUUUUAGAAAUGUCUUGAAUGUUCAGGUGAUUUUUCAGCUGUAUGAAAGUUGAGUUUCAAGUAUUUCCGCUGCACAUGGAGGUGUGUGAUUGAAAAUAAUAGAUUGUACUAAAUAUAAAUGCUGUAAUAAUGCUUUGAAUCCCCUUGAAAACAUUUUGCUUAUUUUUCUACAAAACCUCUUCUGUCCAUGUGUCCCUUCUUCAUUUGGUUGUCAUUUUUUCUGUAGGUAAUUAAGAAUAAACAUUUUUCAAAAUCUA